CGCUCAUCAACCCCCCCCUCACGCGCAACGUAAAAACAUCAACUUCGGCGACCAAUUGUCUUUUCAGGUCGGAGAGAUGUAGAAGAGAAGUGAAGAGCAACAAAUACUCGACAACUUCCGCCAGUGCGCCCUCAACCCCCAAACUCCUUGUCGGAACGACAACCGCUAUCCGCACAACCACAACAUCUUGGACAAUAUUUCAACCGCAACCAUCACCGUCACCACAUCACAGCCAAGUUCACCGACGACAAAAUGGCCACAACAUCGCCCCCUCGCCUCUACUUCGCCUACGGCUCCAACCUCUCCCCAACCCAAAUGUCCCUCCGCUGCCCCGCCUCCACGCCCCUCGGCUUAGCCCACCUCCCAAACCACACCUUCGUCAUAAACUCCCGCCGCUACGCCAACGUCGUCCCAAACGGCCCCGUCGACGCCCCGCAUCCCCUCUCCGCCGCACCAACCACUGAUACGGCCCCGGCUCCGGGCGUCUACGGCAUCCUCUACGCCCUCCCACCCCAAGACGAAGCAACCCUCGACAGGUGCGAAGGCGUCCCUCACUCUUACCAAAAGCAAGAGCUCGCCGUCAAAGUGGUGAACUUUACCCCCGCAGGCACUGCCGCCGCCGUCAAUCUCACACCAGGAAGCAACGUCACGGCACUAGUCUACGUCGACACCGAGAGGACCGAACCCUCGACGCCGUGGGACGAGUACAUUGACCGGAUGAACCGCGGCGUCGACGAGGCGACGGAGCGCUUUGGCUUGCCGCGGGGGUAUGUUGAUGAGGUGAUCCGGGCUUACAUCCCGGCUGCUGCUACUUCUUUGGAUUCGGAAGAAGAAGAAGAGGGCGCCGGUGUUGGAAAGAGCAAGACUAUCAAGGACCCUUUUCUGGAAAUUUCUUGAGGUUUGCUUGAUUCCGUCCCCCGGGUUCGGCGGCCCGCUUCAGCAUCCUGCUUCCUUCCCCCCGCCUGAAAAGACUCAACCUGAGCAGAAACGCAAGCUCGCGAUCUCAACUUCACCACGUCAACGAAAAAAUCCAAACCAAUUCGAUCCCCUUACACUACACAGAUCCCUAACCAUCG